GAAUGCAGGUGCUGGAAUGGAAUGGCAUCCCCUUGACUGGGAAAACUUACGAAGAAGUCCAGAGCAUUAUUCUUCAACAGAGUGGGGAAGCAGAAAUAUGUGUAAGACUGGACCUGAACAUGCUCUCAGACUCUGAGAAUCCCCAGCACCUGGAGCUGCAUGAGCCAGUAAGGCCAGUAGAUAAAGCGAAGUCUCCAGGGGUCGAUCCCAAGCAGCUGGCUGCAGAGCUCCAGAAGGUUUCUCUACAGCAGUCGCCUCUGAUUGCUUCCUCGGGAGUGGAAAAGGGGUCUCAUGUUCACUCUGGAACCACUUCUGCCACCUCCAGUGCUGUUCCUAGCCCUGGUCAGCCUGGUUCUCCCUCAGUGAGCAAAAAGCGGCACAGCAGCAAGCCCACUGAAAGUACGAAGUCUGCUUCCCAUCCAAUCACUGGAGAAAUUCAGCUUCAAAUCAACUACGACAAACACCUUGGCAACCUUAUCAUCCACAUCCUUCAGGCAAGAAACCUUGCUCCCAGAGACAACAAUGGCUAUUCUGACCCCUUUGUCAAAGUUUAUCUUCUUCCAGGGAGAGGACAAGUCAUGGUUGUCCAAAAUGCAAGUGCUGAGUACAAGCGGAGAACUAAGUAUGUACAAAAAAGCUUGAAUCCGGAGUGGAAUCAGACGGUCAUUUAUAAAAAUAUCUCCAUGGAGCAGCUGAAAAAGAAAACACUGGAAGUGACUGUCUGGGAUUAUGAUAGAUUCUCCUCCAAUGACUUCCUUGGUGAAGUAUUGAUUGAGUUAUCCAGCAUCUCUCAGCUUGACAGCACUCCUCGGUGGUACCCUCUGAAAGAACAGAGUGAAAACAUUGAUCAUGGGAAAUCCCAUUCUGGACAGAGUAGCCAACAAUCUCCAAAACCAUCUGUCAUCAAGAGCAGAAGUCAUGGAAUCUUCCCAGACCCCUCCAAGGACAUGCAGGUGCCCACCAUUGAGAAAUCCCACAGCAGUCCAGGGAGCUCCAAAUCUUCCUCUGAAGGACAUCUACGUUCUCAUGGUCCAUCCCGCAGCCAAAGCAAAACCAGCGUCACUCAAACUCACCUUGAAGAUGCUGGGGCAGCCAUCGCCGCUGCUGAAGCAGCUGUCCAACAGCUUCGCCUUCAACCAAGUAAAAGACGCAAAUAAAUUCCUCAGCAUGGCAGCUUAAUGUUCAUCUGUUGCCUUUUUCCCUGCUGUCCUUCCCUUUUUGGCUGGUUUUUUUGUGUUCUUGGCACACUGUGCUCACUCUGUUCAAUGUCGUUCUUUGUGUGCCUGUGUGUGAAUACAUAUAAUUACAAUAUACUCUUGUAUUU